AUGACAGCGGCAAUCGCCCAUCUAGAUGAACAACAUCAACCGAUCACGGGUCAAGACAAACUCGAUCCCAAUAACUAUCUGGUGGACCGAGUUCAUGAAUAUAACGUGGUCAUUGCCUGCUUGCCAGCCGGUGUCUACGGUACGAAUUCGGAAGCUAGAGUGGCCAACGACAUGCUGGGGACAUUCACCGGCCUACGGUUUGGACUAAUGGUGAGGAUUGGAGGCGGGAUCCCUAACCUACCUAAGUAUUUAGAUAUCCAUUUCGGAGACGUAGUGAUCAGCUAG